AUGUCUUCGAUCAUUCAGGCUGUUCUCUCUUGGCUUCGGUCUCUCUUUUUUUCAAAAGAACUCGAAAUCACUUUGGUCGGUUUACAGAAUUCAGGAAAGACUAGCUUGGUUAAUGUUCUUAUGUCAGGUCAAUUUUCAGAAACAAUGAUACCUACUGUGGGUUUCAAUAUGAAGAAAUGUACAAAAGGAUCGGUUACCAUCAAGUUAUGGGAUAUCGGAGGUCAGCCAAGGUUUCGAUCAAUGUGGGAACGAUACUGUCGAGGUGUAUCAGCAAUUGUCUUUCUAGUGGAUGCCUCUGAACGAACGGCCGUAGAAGCAUCACAGAUCGAAUUACAUUCAUUGAUCUCUAAACCAGAAUUGUCAGGAAUCCCUUUAUUGGUCUUAGGAAACAAGAAUGAUCUUGAUGGAGCUCUUAAAGUGGGCGAAUUGAUUGAAACAUUAGAUUUAUCAAAAGUCACAGGUAGGGAAGUUAGCAUUUAUUCUAUUUCAGCCAAAGAAUCUAUCAAUAUCGAUGCCACCCUCAAAUGGUUACUCAAGCGUGCCACAUGAAUUUGAUCUAUGUAUGUAUAUGAAUUAAGGCCUGGGUUAUGUAAGCUCGAGUGAAAGUUUUGGUUUUUUGGUGUAUUGAUCUUCGUUAUAGUUUUUGCAAUCUCUUUCGAGUUUUUGAUAUAGAUGAUUUUGCUUUAGUUCAGAAAUCCGCUUGUUGAUUUUUUUUUGUGUUUUUCGUUUUGGUGGAUUUGUUGUUAUGUAUAUUUGUUCACUUGAUAUGAUUUCUUGUUGCGAGGACAGGUUUGGAGGAUAUUUCAUAGUAUGUAAGGUUUGGAAUCAAUGAGUUAGCAAUUGCAUUCAUAGUACAGG